GGGAGGAUGGCCAUUUCUAAUGACACCCAGCUCCAUCUUUCUUCAUUCCUCCUCCAGGGCAUCCCAGGGCUGGAAGAUAUGCACAUCUGGAUUGGAUUUCCUUUCUUCUUUGUGUAUCUCGUUGCACUCCUGGGAAACAUUGCUGUCUUGUUUGUGAUCCGGACUGAGCAGAGUCUCCAUGAGCCCAUGUACUACUUUCUGGCCAUGUUGGAUUCCAUUGACCUGGGCUUAUCCACAGCCACUAUUCCCAAAAUGCUGGGCAUCUUCUGGUUCAGCCUCAAGGAAAUAUCUUUUGGAGGCUGCCUUUCUCAGAUGUUCUUCAUCCACUUCUUCACUGCCAUAGAGAGCAUUGUGUUGGUGGCCAUGGCCUUUGACCGCUACAUUGCCAUUUGCAAACCCCUUCGUUACACCAUGAUCCUCACCAGCAAAAUCAUCGGCCUCAUUGCAGGCAUUGCUACUCUACGGAGCCUGUUUAUGGUGGCUCCACUGGUAUUUCUUCUCCUAAGGUUGCCUUUCUGUGAGCGCCAUAUCAUCCCUCAUACUUACUGUGAGCACAUGGGCAUUGCCCGUCUGGCCUGUGCCAGCAUCAAAGUCAACAUAAUAUUUGGCCUUGGGAAUGUAUUUAUUUUAUCAUUAGAUGUAAUUUUUAUUAUGCUUUCCUAUGUGAGGAUCCUUUAUGCAGUCUUCUGCUUGCCCUCCUGGGAGGCCCAGCUCAAAGCACUUAAUACCUGUGGCUCCCACAUUGGUGUUAUUUUAUCCUUUUUUACACCAGCAUUUUUCUCUUUCUUGGCACAUCGUUUUGGCCACAAUAUCCCUCUAUAUAUCCACAUCCUCUUAGCCAAUCUAUAUGUAGUUGUUCCACCAGCCCUCAAUCCUGUAAUCUAUGGGGUCAGGACCAAGCAGAUUCGAAAGCAAGUAUUGAGGAUCUUUUUCUUAAAAGAUGGUUAA